AUGGUCACUUCACGAUCACUACGCACGUACGAAGUGGGAGCGCUAGGUCUGCAUGACCGGGUGGCCGAGUCCAAUACAGCUCUAGCGAAGCAACCCGACCGAAUUGCAGCGGUCCGUAUGAAGGUCCUGAACGGCAGCCGACUGGCUAUGGGUUUUCAGCCGACCAUGGUGUUCAAUCCUGGAUGGCACUGGGGCCCUGAGAGGGGCGGAUCGCUGCUGGAGGUUGUCCGUGUGGAGGGCACUCGUCUAUUCGUGCGGGACUAUCGGCCAGGGCCUUCUCCCCCUAUGAGCUGUUUCACCUGCUGGCUGGCUGCGACCUGGCCCUGGCUACCCUUGCCAGCCAUGCCUCCGGGUUUUAGCAUCGACAUCCGUACACGGCGGCUGGAGGGAUGGAUUGAUACGGCAACUGGCGAGGUGGAUUUCCACUUCGGGUCCUCUUUCGCCUCCCGCGUUUGGGGCGGACUAUGGUCCACACAGCCUCUAGCAGUAGACGCCCGGAUGGCAACAGGCGAGCUCGAGGGCCUUGUGUUCCAUGCCGUCGGGGACAGGCUCCGAGGUGCCCAUGCAACGUUGGUGGCCCUCUCCUUGGUGCCGCCCACGAGCGACUCCUGGCAAAACUGGGUGCUACAGCUCCCCACGGACGCGCUGUCAGUGCUCAAGGUCAGGUUGGAGUAUCUUCCCAGGUCCUAG